AUGAAAAGGCUCCUCCUGCUCGCGCUGCUCCACCUGGUGAGGCAGCAACUGCCCGCACACGCAGAAGAACACAUCUGCGAUUUUACGAAGGAGAAGUACCUUCUGGGGAAGAAUGAAAAGGAAUACUGCGUGGUGAACGCGAAGCCGUUUGACAGCGUAACAUUUAUAUGUCCGAAGAAAAUAGGAGCACAGUGCUUUCAGAAUGUUAACACGCUAGACGAUAUAAGUGCAGACAAAAUGGAAUCGUCCAAGCUGUCCAUAGAUGUGCUGCUAUACGGGUCGACCCUGUAUGGAGACACGCUGCUCAUAUCGCCCACGGUGAAGCAGAGCACAACCUUCUACUGUUUCUGUAACUUGCAAAUGGAGGACCUGAAAAAGUACCUAAAGAAGAGGAGACUAACCAAGGAAAAGGAAAAUGCGAAAAAGAAAUCCACUGUCAAUGUGAACGAUUUGAAAAAUGCAGACGAAGAUAUGGAGGUGGUAGUCCCGGAGAAGCAAAUAGAUGAACACCUAGUUAGAGCAUUAUAUAGGGUAAAAAAAAUUAGGAAUAUAAUAGAGCGUGAAAAGAACAAAGGGGAGGGAGAUAAGCCCACAAAUCCGGAAGACGAAGAAGAACUCGUAAUUGAGGAGGAGCAGGAAGAAGAGGAUGGAGAAGGGGAUGAAGAGGAUGAAAGUAAAGUUGAAAAAAUCAUUACAAAGUAUGGAAUAAUGAAAGUUGUUGUUUCUACGAAUAAUACAAUUACUAAGGGAUGCGAUUUCGGAAAUAAUGUGGUGAAUUAUUUUUCUAAGCCCUACCCUGUUGAGAGGUAUGGAGGUAGUAAAGUCUGCAGAAUUGAGGCGAAGCCAGGAGAGUUUGUCGGCUUCAAGUGCAUAUAUGAUAACCAGGGUACCGUCGAACCGCACAAUUGCUUUGAUAAGGUCUUUUACGAGGGUAAUGAAACCGAUUUGCAGACCCUCAUGCCUGGCUAUAUAUCAUAUGGAAACAAGCAGAAGGGGAAAUACGCCUUUUACUUGAAGCUGCCCCACUUUGUGCAACACAGCUACACCGUUCAGUGCAAGUGCAGGUCCACUGUGCAUCAGUAUGAUGACUACGUCUUCGAGUUGGCCGUGGAGGGAGGAGAGAGCGAUAUUGUUGCCAAGUCCUUCCAGGAGUAG